AUGGAAAUAGUCAUCAACAGAUGCCGAUUCCCAAUGUUUACUUCUACUUUAUUCAUAAUUAUUACUUUACAACUAAUAUUCAUUUUUAUUAAUCCUUUUAUGACUGAAUGUGAAGGAAAAAAUGACCCUUCAUCAAACAGCAAUGAAGAUUAUUGUCCAUUUAUUGAAAUAUUGUCAUUUGGUUCAGAUAUUAAUAUUAAAUGUAACAAUAGUUAUUUAAUAUUCAAUGAAAUUAAUAAUGAUACAUUAAAUUGGAAAUUUGCUAAUCAAACAUCAAUUUGUAGUCAAAAUGGUACACAACAAGCUUAUAUUGGUCAAUGUGGAAUUAGUCGUUUUGGUUCAAAUUAUUUAAAAGCUCGAUUAAAAUCCUCACAAUAUAAUGAAUAUGCUUGUAUUUAUUGUCAAGUGAAUUAUAAGCCAAUUGCUGCAUUGAUUACUGCAACUCAAUCAGAUGGUGGUGAAUGUAUUUUAUAUACUUUUAAUAUAACAGCUACCGGAUUAGAACAUAAUGAAUCAUUCGAAAUUCUCUGGGCUAAACGUGCUUAUGAUGAAAUUCUACAAGUAGUUAAUUUUUGGUUCUCACAAAAAUGUGUUAAUUCCAUAGUAAAAAGUCUUAAAAAUACUGGUCAUACAAUAAUAUUUACUGUAGAUGAUGUAUCUAUUUAUCGAGUUGAAUUUAUUAUUCGUCGUUGUAAUGGCAAAUGUCGAAAUUAUGAUACAUGUCAUGAAGACGAAUUGCACAAAGACGUUUCAAAUCAUUUGCAAAUUCCUGAUUCAAUUGAAAAACUGAGUUGUGAUUCUGAUUGUUUAAAUUAUAUUUUACCAGAAACAAACACUGAAUCACAAAUAACUUCUUCACCAACAACUGAAACAUCAUUAAGUGCAGAACGAAUAAUCGAAAUUAUAAUUGUAGUAAUCAUUAGUGGAUUAUUAUUACUAAUUGUAUUAAUUAUAUUCAUACUUUGUAUAGUCUACAAAAUGAAAAAAGAAAGACAUAUUUAUUCAAAAACAAGUAAUGUUAAUCCAGAUGAAUCAUCAUCUACCAGAAUUUAUAAUAAAAUGGAAAACCAAUUAAGAUCAUCAUCCAAGAGUAAUGCAAUUAGUUCAAGUUCUUUAUCUAGUGGAAAUCAUCGUAGUCGUUAUUAUUCAUUAGGACAUAAUGAUAAUAUAAGUCUAACAUCGCCAUCAAAUAAUUGUACCGGAGCUAGUGCAAGUGCAACUACACCUAAUACACUUUGUAUGCUUGUUAAUGGUCGUCGUAUACAACAACGUUAUAAAUUAUUAACUGAUGGUGUUGUUCAAGUGUGUCGUGUACCUCAUGCAAAAAAUAUUAUAGAAAAAAUACGUUUUUCACGUUUUCUUCGUCGUUGGGAAGAUCAUCAUAUUAAUCUUGAACAUAGUGAAAUAACUUCAAUAACAAAUGAAAAUUAUAUGGAUAGAUCGAUAGCCUAUUCAGCAAUUGAAGAUAUAUCUGUAUGGUCAAAAUCGAAAGUGAUUGAUUCGGAUUGUCGAUUUUGUAUAAGAAUUGUUACAAAUGAUUGUAUUUAUUUUUUUCAAGUUAAUACACUUCAUUUAAGAGAUCAGUGGUUCUAUUCAAUACAAUGGAAAAGAAAUAAAUUAAAAUUUGAACGUAUUUUACGCUCAGCUAAUCGUCCGGAAGUACUUUUAAAAGAAAUGAUGAAUAUGAUUGAUUUUGCAAUGACAACACCAAUUGAAGAUGUUGAAGUUCAUCAUUUUCCACUGGAAAUUAUUUCUGAAAUUUUGCAACAACAAGAAUUUAAUUUACCACGUUUUGUCCAUGAGAAUGUGAUUGUAGCAUUAGCACCAUUACUUGAAAAGAAUUAUCCAUCACCAGAAAUAUGUGAUUUUUUUAGUCGUCAUUGUCGUGAUAGUCCACGUUCGCAAAUUGUUAUUGAAAUGUUUACACCGGUUGUUCAAAGAAUUUUAAAACAUAAUACAGAUUUUGGUAAAUAUCCACGAAUGAGAAUAUUUGUUCAAGAAUAUCUUCUAGCACUUAAUUCUCAAAAUGAUGGUUUACGUGUUGUACAAGAUUUUAUUAAACGAAUACAUGGUCCAACAAUGAUCUGUCCAUUUCCACGUGUUCUCUCAAAUUUUGUUUCUGUUUGUCUUGCGGCAAUUUAUAAUUUUUUUGACGAUCGAAAAAAUUUUCGCUUUGAAGAUAAAGAAAGUUGCCGAGCAUAUGAAGAAGAAGCUGAAAGUCAAUUAGUAUGUUAUACAAAAAUGUUACAAACAAUGUCAACAUUUGAUGACUGGCGACCUCAUCUUGGCUUGCUUCUACAAUCCGUCCCCUUUCCUGAUGAAGCAUUAACACAUGAUCGAUUUAUUGAAAUAUUUAAAAAUGUUGUUAAGAAUUUCGUUGAAGAUACACGAUGUGAAGUUCAUCAAACAGUAUUAGGUAUUCGUGAAGGUAAAGAAGGAUGGUUUGAAAUGUUUUGUUUGGGUAGUAUUGCUUGUGAUGAUGAUGGUGAAAUGUUUUCAUUGAUGCUCAGUAAAUUAAUAUCAUGUUGUUGUCGAAAAAAACGUUUUUUAUUAAGUAUUAAUAAAUUAUUACCGGCUUUAAUGUUACUUGCAUUACGUGAAAGUCAAAGUUCAUUAGACACUUUAUGUGCUAUGCUUGAUUUAGAUGCAGUAGAAAAUCGUGAUAAUAAAUUACAAUUAAUAUCAACAUUACAAUCGACAUCAACUGGUUUAAAAAUGUAUGCUAAAGUAUGUGAAAGACAAAUAGCAUUAAGAGAAUUACAACAAAAAGGUGGACCAAGAAAAUUAACAUUACCUUCACGUUCAACUGAUAAUGAUUUAGCUAAAUUAUUAUCAAGUGGUUCAUUUGGUAAUCUUGAAUGUUUAAGUUUAGCAUUUACAAAUGUUACAAGUGCUUGUGCUGAACAUUUAAUUAAAUUACCAGCUUUAAGAUAUUUAAAUUUAUGGUCAACACAAUUUGGUGAUGCUGGUUUAGAAUUAAUUUCUGAACAUUUAAAUCGAUUACAAGUACUUAAUUUAUGUGAAACACCAGUUACUGAUAAAGGUUUAGCUCAUUUAGCAUGCAUGAAAAUGUUAAGAAAACUUAAUUUAAAUUCAACACAUUUAUCUCCAUUAACAUUUGAAGCUUUAAAAGAAAAAUUACCAGCUUUACAAGAAUGCGAUAUACGAUAUACAGAUGCUUGGUAG